AUGAACAGCACCUUAGAGAGCUUGAGCUCUGACAAGGAAAACCCAGAUCUUGUAAAAUCGAAAGCGCCUUUGUUUUUCAAUUAUCAUGAGUUUUCAGUGACGAGGUACUUUGAUUUGGAAACUCAAUUAAUGAGUGAUCAUCCCCAGGACCUGGCUCUGUGUAUUACUCAUUUUCCUAACGUAUAUACUGCUAUGGACUCUCAGCAGUACUUUGAAACUCGGUUGGUGAGAAUUCCCCGUCGGUUUGAUGUCCACGUAGAUGUCCCCAGUUUUUCCACACAGCUGCCUGGUCAGGAACCGGCAGCACUAGUAGGUAGCCACGGUGGUGACCGUUUUGUCCCCAGAGGUGUUUACCAAAACCAGGCAUUCGGGCUUUGGUCAGUGAGCCCGCUUAGCAACUAUAUGACCAGUGCUGAGUUCCGAGAAGUGGUAGAUACUGUCAACAACUAUCUCCUCAGAGCAUACUCCACGGAUUCGUGGUGGAACUUGGCAAGUGCAAUACUAGAUACUCUCACUUUCCACAUGUGGAACUCCAUUGCUAUUAGAGUGUUCAGGAGCCCACUGCAGGACCUCGAAAACUAUGUGGAAACGUUAAAUGAAUCUGCCUCAUUCAAAGAAAAAAAAUUGCGUUUAAUCUCGCCCCGAAGAUCGGGAUAUCUUUCCGUAUGUUGUCUGAGGGUGUUUCCCGCUUGUCGAUCCAACUUGAUUGGACCAUCCGCUAAGAAUUUAUGA